AUGGUGACUGAUCUCCUGCUCGGUGGCGAUCUCAGAUUUCAUUUGAAUCAGCAAGGAAAAUUUGCUGAAGACCGAUCAAAACUCUAUAUGUGCGAAAUCUCGCUUGCCAUUGAAUACCUACACGGCCGAGGCAUCAUUCAUCGUGACAUAAAACCGGAGAAUAUUCUGUUGGAUGAGCAAGGUCAUGCUCAUCUAACGGAUCUCAAUCUGGCCACCCAGCUCGAGCCGAAUAAACUCGCCACUUCUUACUCA